GAUUUAUUUUCACCUUGAAUGGAUGGGUAAUGGGAAAGUCCAAAUUCCCCCAAGCAGAUGUAAUUUACCAAAAGAUUCCAUCCAAGCCCCCAAAAAUAUAUCGGCCAACUCGGCCAUGUUGACUUUAUCCGGGUGUUCCAAGCUCUCUGCAACCCUCGGGUAAAUGACGUUAGCGCUGACCAAUCAGCUUCCUUAGUUAGUAGUAUUGGCGUCCAACUAAGCGAAUCAGAAUGCUGUUCUAUCUGAUGCCCAACCUUAAAAACGCCGACGUCAAUGUCAAUGAACUAAACCGUACAAAAGUACCGCCCUAUUUUAGUGGGCAACCAAUGAGAAUCAUAGAGAAGGAGGGCAGCUGUACGGCGUACUGACGGCUUUUCUUCAGCCAAUGACAGGCUGAGCCAAUUAAUGUGUUUGUUUGCAUUAUCAGGCGAUCACCUGGGCUUUAAUAUGCUGGAGUGCUUUGUGCAGAAUACUGUAUCCAAGUACUGCAUCACUUCUGUGCGAAUACUCACUGUUACACUAAGAUGGAAUUGCUGACGGAAAGACAUAGUUGAGCCCGAAAUGAUUCGUUAUUAAUGAAACUUUUGUUAACAUUAUGAUUAUCAGUUGCAUAGUGUGACAGCGGGGUUAGGGGUUUGUACCUAGUAAGGAAUGAUCCCUUCAUUUUCUAUUUCUUAGUUUCUGGCUGCAAGAUGGAUCUACCUUCACACCACUCUCGGCUGUUGCGGCAGCUGGAUGAACAGAGAAGGAGGAACCUCUUUUGUGACUGUCAUAUCAUGAUUGAUGGACAUACAUUCAGGGCCCAUAGAAAUGUUCUGUAUGCAAGCAGUGGCUACUUCAAGAUGCUCCUGUCCCAAAGCAGUGGGAAUGUGGGCCAACCUACUACAGCCACUUUUGAUGUCUUUUCUGCUGACACUUUCACAGCCAUUCUUGAUUUUAUGUACUCCGGCAAGUUGAACCUCUCUGGCCAGAAUGUCAUUGAAAUCAUGUCAGCAGCCAGCUAUUUACAAAUGACCGAAGUUAUUGGUGUUUGCAAAAUGUUUAUCAAAUCCUCGCUGGACAUCAAUGAGAAGGACAGGGAUGGUUUCUUAGACAUUUCUGACAAAGAGACUGGACAGCAGACUGGACAAUGUGGUCUUUACAGCACUGGCUGGGGCAUGGGCAGAUAUCAUUGUAAUCAGCCAGAAGGGGAUAUUGCAGCAUAUUUAGAAACCAGCUCCUGUACUCCAUAUGGGUUUUGUUCUAGAACUGAUGAACAUCCCUCUUCCCAGAAUAGCAUUUCUACAGCAACCAUGAAAAUGUUAGACAGGCACAACAGGAUACCCCAGAUACCCAGCUCAACGUGUUCCCCAGAGGAACAUUUGAGAGAGUGCAGAAUUCUGGAAUCAGAUGACACUGGUUGUCACAUUGAGGUAGAACUUCCCCAGGGGGAGGAGACAGAAGCUUUUUUGAACUGCCAGACAGUGGUGCAACCAAGAAGUAGAAGGCGGCAUUCUCUGAACAGGGCAACAAAAGCUGAUGAAGUCUAUGCCAAAAUUAUGGGCAUCAAAGGCUGUUUAGGAGAAGAUAAUCUGCCAAGCUUGCACUUCAAGUGCCCUUUUUGUACCCAUACGGUUAAAAGGAAAGCAGAUCUAAAACGCCACCUGCUGUGCCACACUGGUGAGCGUCCAUAUCCUUGCCAAGCCUGUGGCAAGAGAUUCACCAGGUUGGAGCAUGUCCGCAGUCAUUAUCGAACUAUUCAUGAAGCAGGGAAGCCUAUAUGCCGGUGGUGCAAGCGCCAUGUUACUGAGGAUUCAGGUCAAGUGGUUCAAGAAGGGACAAGACGUUUCCGAUUGUGCAACAAGUGUGUGGCAGAGGUUGGGGUUGGUAGCUUUCCAAAUGAGGUGGAUGAUGAUGAACCCACUAUUAUCCUGUCAGGUGAUGAGGACAAGGAACCAACUUGGAACUUCCAUGAUGGGAUACAGACAUCAGAUCCAGAGAUUAUAGAGGAUGUCUCCUCUGAUGUAGUCAUACAUAAAGUGGAUGAUAGUGAUGACGAAAUCAAACCAAUUAUCUGCUAACCACACAGGAAUGUAUUGUUCACAAACAUCCCAAAACUGUAGAGCUGUUGAAUAACCAAGAUGAAACACCUGCACAAAUCACUGAGACUGCCAUUUAUAUUGUUUGUAUUCACUGAGAUUUACUGAAUGCAUAAGACACUUGCCUAUUUUCUGCAAAUCUUGAAUUUAAACUUGUGAAUUGCUUGAAUUUGCAGUCAUUUUUAGAUCAAAUAAUAAAAGAAAAAUGAGCGACUCGUUAGUUCAGUAAGCUGAUUCAGGGAGAUCUUAGUUUUAUUUAUGAAUCAACUUCUUGUGACCAUUGGUAAAUUAAUUAAUCAAUCUGCAGUACCUCAGGCACCAAACUUAAAGGACAAGUAAAAUGAAAUUCAAUGGGUGAGGUGUGGUCAGUAUGUUAGGCACCCCCAGUGAAUAUAAUUGCUAGCUUUACACCCUGGGUUGGCUUUUCUGUCUCAUAAAAAGUGCAUUGGACCCUGGUACUUUCCCUGCAGUGCUGCUGCUGUUUUCCAAUGCCCCACAGAAAGUCCAGAAAUAUACUAUACUGCACAUGUGUAGUGUCCAAGACACCAAAGAGGAUAGCUGGCCAUUGAUGGCGAUGUGUGUCAGAAAUUCUACCCCUGACAUUGGCAUCCUCUAGUAAAUGUCACUUCACUUGUCUAGAAAGGCACUAUACGGGAAGAUCACUUAUUGUACCCGACAGCACAUCCCCCGUACAACUGAAUACUAAAUAAAGGGCUGCUAUUCUAUUGUUUAGUUUGUUUGGGCUGAAACCAGAAAAGAUCAGAACAGCAAGAAUAACAGCUACACUUUUUUCAUCUGCCAGUGCACCAUAGACUAGCAGACGUGGCACAUUGGCACAUUACAUUUUCAUACCUGCCUAAUUGAUGAAUUAUCUUCUGUGGAUAUCACUUAAGAUCUUCAGACCACCAUGCAUAUGAUAAAAAUUAUAUACAAUUCAUUUUUAUCAGUACUUGUAUGACCCAGCUUUAGACUGUAAGCUAUAAAUGAAAACAUUACACCUAAAGCUAUGUGUAAGUACUGCAUAUUAUUGGUAGUCCUGUAUUGUAGUAGAAUACAAGAAUGAUACAUCUGACAAAUACAGCACUACAAGUGGAUAAGACAUUGUAAGGUGGCAUUAAAAGAUACACAAGUAUUGCAAGUAUUACUUAAUGGUUCACAAGCUGCUUUGUGCAUAUACAUCAUUAUAAGACUGUAACACUAUAAGAUCCACUCGUUUGGUAAGGUCGACUAACGAGUGGAUCUUUCCUUAAUUAUAGCCACCUAAGUUCCAAAUGUCUGGAUAACAACGGUGGGAAUAGGAGCACCAGGAGCGAGGACCACAUCAGUGAGCCAAUGUGGUCCCCAAUCCGACAAGAAAAUUAAAGCUGCCUAAUCGUUACCUAGCAAAUUUUUGGCCAGAUUGCAGUCAGGAAGGCUUGUUGGGGUCCCCAUACAAAGGUAGAUAAGCUGCUGCAUCGGUCUGAAGGAUUCAAAUCGGCAGUUUAAAUCUGCCUGUGUAUGGCCACCUUUAGAAUAUUACCCAUGAAAACCUCAAUAUAAUGAUAAGAAGAAUUUAGAUUGUUUCAAUUAUUUUGUGGUGGUCUUAUUCAAGGCCUCCUUGGGUUUAAAUGAGCAUUAAAGGAGAACUAAAGCUUAACAAAGAAGUAGGCUAGAAGUCUGUUCUAGCCCUGCCACAACGUCAGUCUUCUACCUGGAACAGCUUCCUGAAUGACAACAUGUUCUGAUAGGCUGGGACACUGUUUUCUUUUGAACUCAAUUUAGAAGAUCAAUGUAGUAAGUGGUAGGCUAGAGGGAGGCAGAGGGCAUCUUAACUAGGAAAGCUUACGAUAUCUAGGUUUAUGGAGGAAUAGUGGCACGUUCAUGUUAAAAUCUGGAAUGUGUCACUAUUCCUUUCACAGAAAGUAUAAAGAAUACUUGGAUCAAACCUUCAGGAAAAUUAAUAGGCUAAAACUGUACACUUUUUUUUAAUACUAGGCAUAAGCAUAAAUGUAUAUUCUAUGGGGCAGAUUUACUAAUCCACGAAUACGAUUCACGAAUGGGAAAAAUUCGGAUUGGAAAUGAAAAUUUCUAAAGAUAGCAAAUAUCCCGAAAAUGCUUACGAAAAAAUCAUAUUACUCACAAUAAUAUCGUAUUGUCGAUCCGAAAGUCCCGAAAUUUUCAUACUGACCAUUGUAAAGAGCGGCAGAGCCAAACGAAAAAGUUGCGCGAGUGCAAAAAAUCAGCAAGAAUACGCUCGGAGCGUUCGUGUCUUAGUGAAUCUCCCCCUAAGUCUUAUUUACAAUAGCUGAGUACUUAACGGGACACUG